UUGCUGAUGACAUUCAAAGGUCAAAUUGAAAAUUUCCGAUAGGAUUAUAGGCCCAGAGUUGAGGAGUGAAAUAGAGCACAGAAAACACCUAGUAACAUUAUUGCUAAUAGAAUAAUAAAAAGAGUUUGUAGAAUGGCAGGAAAAUACGUAAUAGUUAUGGUUCGCCAUGGUGAAUCUGAAUGGAACGAGAAAAAUCUUUUCUGUGGAUGGUAUGAUGCAAAUUUGAGUGAAAAAGGCAAGCAAGAAGCUGUUGCAGCUGGAAAGGCAGUAAAAGAUGCUGGUUUAAAAUUUGACUGUGCUCAUACAUCUGUUUUAACUCGUGCUCAAGUUACAUUAAAUUCAGUUUUGGAGGGUUCUGGUCAAACUGGUAUUCCGGUUCAUAAAACAUGGAGAUUAAAUGAACGCCACUAUGGGGGUUUAACUGGUUUGAACAAGGCUGAAACUGCGGCCAAAUACGGAGAAGAACAAGUUCAAAUUUGGAGAAGAAGUUAUGAUACUCCACCACCACCAAUGGAACCAGAUCAUCCGUAUUACAAUGCUAUUGUAAAAGAUUCACGUUAUAGCGAUGGACCUAAGUUAGAAGAAUUUCCAAUGUUUGAGUCUUUAAAACUAACAAUUGCCCGUACUUUACCAUAUUGGAAUGAUGUUAUUAUACCACAAUUAAAGGAAGGCAAGAAAAUCAUUAUUGCUGCUCAUGGCAAUAGUUUAAGGGGCAUUGUUAAACAUUUAGAUAAUAUGUCUGAUGAUGCUAUUAUGGGGCUUAAUUUACCAACAGGUAUUCCUUUUGUGUACGAACUGGAUGAGAAUUUCAAACCAGUGGUCUCAAUGAAAUUCUUAGGCGACGAGGAAACUGUUAAAAAAGCUAUGGAAGCUGUAGCGGCUCAAGGAAAAGCCAAAUAAAAAUAUUGUUUUUUAUGUUAAAAAACUGUGAAAAUUUGUUAUAGAUGAAUAAAACUAAAAUAUAAUUGAUAUUGUAUUUAUGAAUAAUUUAAGUAUGUAUUUCAAAAAACUGACAAAAUAUUAAUAUUAAAAGAACAAAUACUGGGAGGAUAUUAAUAUUACCUUUA